AUGUCUCUCGACGAUAAAUUCAAGGCUCUGGCUGCCUAUACCGCCUGCGAUAUCUCGGAUGCCCUCCUCAAACUAAAAGUCCCCGGUGCCGGCUUCCUCGCCGAUAUCUGUGAGGAAGUAGCCCUCCACACCCCCUCCAAACCCCUCCAAACCCCCAUCAUCUCCCCCGCCCACACAGUCCUCUUCGUCCCCAAAUCCUCACCAACUCCUUCUCUCCUCCCUCCUUCCUCUCACUUCGCCGACCUGACCCCUCCUUCCACAAUAACUCUGAUCUCCCAACCUCCAAACCAAAGAAACGCCGUCCUGGGCGGUCUGGUAGCCGCUCGUAUCCAAAAACUUGGUAGUCUGGCGAUCAUAGUCGACGGCAGGAUUAGAGAUAUUACCGAAUUGAAGAAUCUGGGAGUGGAUGUUUGGGCUAAGGGGACUAGUACUGUUGGUGCUGGGGGGGAGUCGAAGUGUGUGGCUGUUGGGGUUGAGAUUGAGGUUGAAGGGGUUAAGGUUGUUCCUGGAGAUAUUAUAUUUGCCGACCCGGUAAACGGCGUCGUAUCGAUUCCUCAGGAUAAACUGGAUGCUGUCCUCGAGUUACUUCCAAAGAUCACAGGUGCCGAUGAUAAAGUCCGAAUCGACGUUCUCCAAAACAACAGUGGUCUGCAGGAAGCAUUCAAAAAGCACCGCAGUAGCUUGUGA